AUGGUGAAUUCAUUAGUUGAUCGCGCCACCAGCGACAUGCUCAAAGGUCCCGAUUUCGCCAAGAUUCGAGAGAUCUGUAACAUCUGUAUUCGCGACGCAGUGCAAGCAAAGGAGGCUAUAAAAGGAGUUAAAAAGCGUUUGCAGAGUAGAAGCCCUAAAGUUCAGCUCCUUAGUUUGAUUUUAUUGGAUACACUUGUAAAGAACUGUGGAGACGUUGUUCAUCGGAACGUGAUUGAGAAGGAUUUGCUUAUAGAUAUGAUUAAGAUAAUGAAUAAGAAGCCUGAUUACCGUGUGAAGGAAAAGAUCUUGAUUCUAAUUGAAACCUGGCAAGAAACUCUUGGCGGUGCAAGGGCGAAACGACCACAGUUCUAUGCUGCAUUCCUCGAUUUACUGCAUGCAGGGGUAACGUUCCCACGAAGAUCUGAAAAGCCUACACCUAAACUUACACCACCUCCACAGCCACAGGCAAGUCCUGCGACAUCUUUACAGAUUGUUUCCGAUGAAGAUCAACCGAAAGCUACAGCUAAAGAGGACGCGUCUCCAUCCCCGAGCAGUUCGACAGAAAUUCAGAAUGCACAAGGUAUCAUGGGUGUACUUGAAGACAUGCUUAAUGCAUUAGAGCCGAAAAGCAAAGAGGUCCUCUGUAAGGAUGUUAUUGUUGACUUGGUGAAGAAUUGUCCCGCAUAUAAGCAAAGGGUUGCACAACUUGUAAACUCAACUUGUGAUGAAUUAUUGCUACAACAAGGACUUGCACUGAAUGAUAACUUGCAGAUUGUCUCAACUAAGCAUGAAGCUAUUGUUUCAGAAACUCCUAUUCUUGUUCCUCCAGUAGAGACACCAAAACCCAAAUCUAAUAGCACAGUUGUAAAAGCUGAUGCUCCUUUAAUUGACACAGAAGAUAGUAAACAUUCUGACAGAUCUGUAUCAAAAGCAGAUCAAUCUCCAAUUGUUUCCAAUGGUCAGCCAUCAUCACCAAUAAAAAAGGAUCCAGAAAUGGACCUAUUGAGUUUUGAUGACUUGUCGACAGUAAAAAAUUCACUGGCGAUAGUACCUGCAGGAACUCCCCCAGUUGCUAAUUCACAGAAUGGCAAUGGUUAUUUGGACAUGUUUUCUCAAGUGCAUGAUUAUCCAAACGGACAUGUCCCAAAUGGAAUGAUGUCCCAAUAUGAUCCAUCUUUAUACAACCCGUAUUUUAAUGGACAGAUUACUCGAUCAGCUUCCCAUGUCUAUGGCAAUCAUACGAUGACAAAUAAUUGGUUCCCACAAUCACCAUGGGAAUUCGCAAAGUCAACGAACAAUGAUCAACCACUCGGUUCACAAUAUUACAACCCAACUCCACAAGUUACACAAGUUGUCAUCACAAACUCGAAUUCAUUGUCAAACCACCCCGGUUCACCACAACAAGUCAUUGUGACGCAACAUUCGAAUCCGACCGGAUUAUAUUCCCCGCAAAUGCAAAUGGGAGGGCAUAUGGGUAAUUUUGGCUAUGGCUCGGGAUAUCAAAAUAGAAUGCCGAGCCUUUCUUUUAGCGAUGACAGCAAUAGUGUCUAUACAUCGACACCAUCUAUUAAAAGCUCUAUGACUCAUAACGAGUCGUUUGGGGACCUCACCGAUCUUUCAAAAUUAAACCCCGGAAAAAUGUGA